AGAAAGCGUUCUGUGAUUCAGAUUAUCCAGGACCAGAGCCAAAAUGUAAUCUUAUCUACUGUCUGUCCAUUCACCACACAUUCCUUUACCCAAAUUAGAUAGAUGAGAACUGAUUUGAAACCACACUAUAUAGUGAGGAGGUAAUUGUUUAUGCAGUCUUUAGUUGCAGCCAUGGCCUCGAAUGCAGCUAUUGCUUCCUCAAGAAUUCCCACCACGGCCAGGCUUCCUUCCAAAACCUCGCAUUCUUACCCUACUCAAUGCUUCUCCAAGAGACUCGAUGUAGCUGAAUUUUCUGGCCUUCGAUCCAGUGUCUCCCUGACAUACUCCAGGAGUGCUAGGGAAGGGUCUUUCUUUGAUGUGGUGGCGGCUCAACUUACACCUAAGACUACAGGAACAUUGGCUGUUAAAGGAGAGACAGUUGCCAAAUUGAAAGUUGCCAUCAAUGGUUUUGGCCGCAUAGGCAGAAACUUUCUCCGCUGCUGGCAUGGGCGCAAAGACUCUCCACUUGAAGUCAUCGUUGUCAAUGACAGUGGCGGUGUCAAGAAUGCAUCACACUUGCUCAAGUAUGACUCUAUGUUGGGUACUUUCAAGGCCGAUGUUAAAAUAGUAGACAAUCAAACGAUCAGUGUUGAUGGAAAGCUCAUCAAAGUUGUCUCUAACAGAGACCCUCUCCAGCUUCCAUGGGCAGAGCUCGGAAUUGACAUUGUCAUCGAGGGGACAGGUGUGUUUGUGGAUGGCCCUGGCGCGGGGAAGCACAUCCAAGCAGGCGCCAAGAAAGUUAUUAUCACCGCACCAGCCAAAGGAGCUGAUAUUCCAACAUAUGUUAUUGGAGUUAACGAAACGGAAUAUGACCAUGAUGUUGCAAAUAUUGUCAGCAACGCUUCUUGCACAACCAACUGUCUGGCUCCAUUUGCAAAGGUCCUUGAUGAAGAAUUCGGUAUUGUCAAGGGUACAAUGACUACUACUCAUUCCUACACCGGUGACCAGAGACUUCUGGAUGCUUCACACAGAGACCUGAGAAGAGCCAGAGCUGCAGCUCUGAAUAUAGUCCCAACAAGUACUGGUGCAGCCAAGGCAGUGUCCUUGGUGCUUCCCCAGCUCAAGGGAAAGCUCAAUGGUAUUGCUCUGCGGGUGCCUACCCCAAAUGUAUCCGUUGUAGACCUUGUUGUGAAUGUUGCAAAGAAAGGAAUUUCAGCCGAAGAUGUCAAUGCUGCCUUUAGAAAGGCAGCUGAUGGACCAAUGAAGGGGAUUCUAGCUGUGUGCGAUGAGCCUCUCGUUUCUGUAGACUUUCGGUGCUCUGAUGUUUCUACCACCAUUGACUCAUCAUUGUCGAUGGUCAUGGGAGAUGACAUGGUGAAGGUUGUAGCCUGGUACGAUAACGAAUGGGGUUACAGCCAAAGAGUUGUAGAUUUGGCACAUCUUGUAGCAAGUAAAUGGCCAGGUGUGGCAACAGGAGGAAGUGGAGACCCUCUGGAGGAUUACUGCAAGUCAAACCCUGCUGAAGAGGAGUGCAAAGUUUUUGAAUAAAUUCUCUUGUAUAUUUAUACUCCAAGGACACAAGUUCUGAGUCAUUUUAUUGGGCAGGAACCAAGAAUGCUGUUAUAGAGUUAAAAUAAUAUUACACAAUGCUGUGUUGUUCAUAGA